AUGUCGUGGUUGUUCGGAGGAAAGUCUCAAGAAGAAAAACAACAGGAUAACCUCAAGCAGACGUUGGGCUUCGAUCCUGCCCAGGUGGCCGAUGUGUCCGCCAUCAUCAGCGCCCCAGGAGUAUUGAGCUCGCAGAAAUUGCACCCUUUGGCUGGUUUGGACAAAGGUAUCGAAUACAUGGACUUGGAGGACGACAAAUUGUCGGAGAUGGAAGGUGCACAGGGUUUGUUAGCAUCCAGAUCAUGGUCUGACGACUUGUGUUACGGAACCGGUUCCGUUUACUUGAUUGGCUUGGGACUUGGAGGAGCAUACGGACUCCAGGAAGGUUUGAACAACUUACCACCCAACUCCACGUCCAGAUUGAAGUUGAACACCGUUUUGAACCACAUCACCAAGAGAGGUCCAUAUUUGGGUAACUCGGCUGGUGUUCUCGCCAUGACCUACAACCUUGUCGAUUCGUCAAUCGACUACUUUAGAGGCAAGCACGAUGACUACAACUCGUUGGCUGCUGGUGCCUUGACUGGAGCUUUGUUCAAGAGUUCCGCUGGUGCCAGACCCAUGGCCAUUUCCACCUGCUUGAUGACCGCUGCUGCUGGUGCAUGGUGUGGCUUGAAGCACUUGCUUCAAUAA